AGUGGUGGCACAAAUCUUUUGCAGGUACACGCGCCCGCGCGUGAAGAACACUUUUUUUUUUUUUUUUUUUUUGACUUUUUUUGGCUUACAUAAUAAUUAAAGCAAACAUCAAUUUCAUUGGAUUAAAUGGAUUUGUAGGAUUCUUUCUGUAAAAAUAUUUCUGCAGAAUCUUCCCAAUUUUCCUUCUGCUUCUCAAAGGUCAAUAAUUUCCAGGAAUUUAUCCUUUUAUGCCUUUGAGUUUUGCUCUUUUCAAGAACCUAUAAAACACCCCUUAUAUAUUCAAUUAUUCAUUGCAUUAUAAUCCAAGAUUUUCAUAUAUAGUAAUAUUUAUAAAAAAAAGAUUCAAACUUUCCAACACCCAUUUGGAAAAAUUGUUGUUUUUUCAUCAUGGGGUUUGUUGGUUGUACACAAAAGAUUGUAUUAUAAUUCAAGAUUUUCAUAUAAGAUAUAGUAUUUAGUAAAAAAGAUUGAAAAUUUGCAACCACCAUUUGGGAAAAAAUUGUUAUUGUUGAUUGAUUGGUUAUGGGGUUUGUUGAAGGAGGGGGUGAUAAAGGAGGGUGUUUUAUUGGAGGUAUGAAAAGUCUUGUAAGAAGGAAGCAGGUUGAUUCUGCAAAUUCUAAAUCCUCUUCUGCAGCUGGUUCUUCUCAUCAAUUAGCUAAGGCCUUGACUAUUCCUCAUCUUAUUACUAUAGGGGUUGGUUCAACAAUAGGCGCUGGAGUGUAUAUUCUAGUUGGCACAGUUGCUAGAGAGCACUCAGGCCCGGCCCUCACCAUUUCCUUUCUAAUAGCUGGAAUAGCAGCUGCUCUUUCUGCCUUUUGCUAUGCGGAGCUCGCGAGUCGUUGCCCAUCAGCUGGGAGUGCCUAUCAUUAUUCUUACAUUUGUGUUGGAGAGGGUGUUGCUUGGCUGAUUGGUUGGGCAUUAGUAUUAGAGUACACAAUUGGAGGUUCCGCAGUUGCUCGUGGCAUAUCUCCAAAUCUGGCCAUGCUUUUUGGAAGUCCAGACAGCCUGCCGUUUUUCUUAGCUCGUUACACAAUCCCAGGACUGAAUCUUACAGUGGACCCGUGUGCAGCAAUAUUGGUUUUCCUUGUUACCGGGCUUUUAUGCGUUGGGAUCAAGGAGAGUGCUGUGGUACAAGGAUUUGUCACUUCAGUAAAUGUAUGUGUCAUGGCAUUUGUAAUUGUUGCUGGUGGAUAUCUGGGCUACAAAGCAGGAUGGCCAGGCUAUGAGCUUCCUGUUGGGUAUUUUCCGUAUGGAGUUAAUGGAAUGCUUGCUGGAGCUUCAACUGUCUUCUUUGCCUACAUUGGGUUUGAUUCAGUUGCUAGUACAGCUGAGGAGGUGAAGAAUCCUCAACGUGAUCUGCCAAUGGGAAUUGGUUUUGCGUUAUCGAUAUGCUGCUCUCUCUAUAUGUUAGUCUCUGCCGUUAUUGUUGGUUUAGUACCCUAUUAUGCUAUGGAUCCAGAUACGCCAAUCUCUUCUGCUUUUGCAAGCCAUGGAAUCAACUGGGCCGCAUAUGUAAUAACUAUUGGAGCUUGUACUUCUCUUUGCUCAACAUUGAUGGGUUCUAUAAUGCCUCAGCCACGAAUACUUAUGGCAAUGGCUCGGGAUGGAUUGCUGCCUGCGUUUUUCUCAGAUGUUAAUAAACGGACUCAAGUUCCUGUUAAGGGCACUGUAGCAACUGGUUUACUUGCUGGAACCUUGGCAUUUUUCAUGAACGUUGAACAGUUGUCAGGAAUGGUUAGUGUUGGUACACUUCUUGCAUUUACAAUGGUGGCUAUUUCGGUAUUGAUUCUCCGAUAUGUUCCACCAGUUGAGGUCCCACUUCCCUCCUCGUUGCAGGAGGCAAUAGACUCAGUAAGCCUGCGACGUAGUGGCUGUAGUAGCAGUUCAGACAUUGAUGUCGAGAACACCAAAAUUCCAACUGUGACCUCUGACGAUAGCACUCCAUUGUUAGGCGAGAUUUCAUCUGGGCAUCCUCUUGUAGAAAAAGCUGCAUCAAGGCUGAGCUAUCUAGUACGUCAAAGGCGGAAAGUUGCUGGCUGGACAAUUAUGUUCACCUGUAUUGGAGUAUGCAUCGUUACAUCCGCUGCUUCAAUUGUUAGCUUAUCUAAUCCUGCAAGGUAUGCACUGUCUGGAAUUGGUGGGUUCCUCCUGCUAUCUGGUCUGAUAGUGCUCACUUGCAUAGACCAGGAUGACGGGAGGCACAGCUUUGGACACACGGGAGGUUUCAUUUGUCCGUUCGUCCCACUUCUGCCUAUUGCCUGCAUUCUCAUCAAUGUGUACUUAUUAAUUAAUCUUGGUGGUGCAACUUGGGCUCGUGUAUCGGCAUGGCUGGUAAUAGGGGCGUGCAUAUAUGCUUUAUAUGGUCGUACCCACAGUUCACUGAACAGUGCAGUUUAUGUUCCUGCAACUCAUGUCGACGAAAUCUACCAGACAUCUGCACACUCCCUUACAUGUUGACACACGCAUCUGUCGAUGCAAGUGAUAAACCUUGUUUUCAGUUGCACAAGGUUUCAUGAAGAAGCAGCUGCCUAUAUAUUUGGUCUUUCUGCUGAUAAAACUUCUACAUGUUUCAGAAUGCUGAAACACAAAUCUGUUUUCCUGUACUUUGUGUCACUGUAUUUUUUUCCAAUUAUAGUUCUACAGCUGAAAGAGGAAAAACAAAAGAAAAUAUGUUAUUGCAAAACACAUAUAGUAUUUGUAAUCAGUAGUUGAUUCUUUGUAUGUACAUAUUUGUGAUAUAGCUGAUAGGGUUGUGAUUUUCUGGCAAUGAGGUACUUGUUGGAAGUGUAAAUAUGUAAAAUAUAAGUUUACAGACUUGUUGGAAUUUUACUCAAAUAGUACUGGUACUUGUUUUUA